AUGGCUACCGAUAGAAAAAUUCUACUUCUCGGUUCUGGAUUUGUUGCUGGCCCAGCAGUAGGGUACCUUUUGCGACGUCCAGAAAAUCAUUUGACUAUCGCUUGUAGACGCAUUUCCCACGCCGAGGCACUUGCUAAUCUAUACCCUCGAACAACUCCAAUUUCUCUCGAUGUAAACGAUAAACAAGCACUUGAUGAGGCUGUCUCUAAACACGAUUUGGUUAUCAGCUUAAUUCCUUACACGGCUCAUCCGUUGGUAAUCGAAUCGGCUAUCAAAUUCAAGAAGAAUGUGGUUACUACAAGUUAUGUUUCCCCAGCCAUGAAAGCAUUUGACCAAGCCGCAAAAGAAAAUGGUAUUACCAUCUUGAAUGAGGUGGGCCUCGACCCUGGAAUCGAUCAUCUUUACGCCAUAAAGACAAUCAACGAAGUCCAUUCAAAUGGUGGAAAGAUUAUUUCUUUUAUAUCCUACUGCGGAGGGCUUCCAGCUCCUGAAGCCUCCAAUAAUCCCCUUGGUUACAAAUUUAGUUGGUCUUCUCGUGGUAUUGUCGAAAUUCCCGGCCAUCAACUUAUGCAAGUCGCCAAGCCUUAUGUCAUUUACCCAGCUUUCGCGUUCUUGGCAUAUCCGAAUAGAGAUUCCACUCCUUUCAGGGAGUUUUACAAUAUCCCGGAGGCCCAGACAAUCGUACGUGGGACCCUAAGAUAUCAGGGUUUCACUGAUUUUGUCAAAGUUUUGGUUGAUAUCGGAUUAUUAAAUAGUUCCGAACAGGACUAUUUAACACCAGACGCACCGGAUAUUACAUGGAGGGACGUGCUAGCGAAAGUUCUUGGAGUAACCGACAACUCUGAAUCUAAUCUUCGAGCUAAUAUUACUUCAAGAAUAUCCGGUAUACCUGAAGAAGAUAUGGAUAGAAUUCUCAGGGGGUUCAAAUGGAUUGGGCUUUUCUCCGAUAAUAAUGUUGAACGCAGAGGAACAUUACUUGAUACACUUUGUGCAACAUUGGAGGAGAAAAUGCAAUAUGCUGAGGGGGAGAGAGAUAUGGUCCUCCUACAGCAUAAGUUUGAAGUUGAAACCAAAGAUGGAAAAAGGGAAACAUGGACAUCAACUCUGUUAGAAUAUGGGAAACCACCCGGUCCAUCGGCAAUGGCCACCACAGUUGGCACCCCUUGUGGUAUUGCUGCCCAACUUGUUUUAGAUGGAGUAAUUGAGAAAAAAGGUGUUUUGGCUCCAUACACACUAGACAUCAUUAAUCCUAUAAUUGAAAAUUUGGAAAAAGAGGGGAUCAAAGUUAUUGAAGAAAAAGUGGAAUAUUAA